AAAUCAUUCUGUGGUUUUCACAUUUCUAUGUUAUCUUUAGAUGCCUGUUUAGUAGUUUUUUUUUAUUUAUUAAGAAAAAACAAAAGUAUUAUGGACGAAACCGAAAAAUCCGAAACAUGUUUUCCUGAAUUGAAUAAUAACAUCCAAUCAUUAAAAGAUAAGGAGAACGCAAUCCAAGAAAAAGAUAAAGAAAUUCAAGAAAAGAAUAAAUUAAUCCAAGAAAAAAUUCAAGAAAAGGAUAAAAUAGUUUUGGAAAAGGAUGAAAUAAUUCAAGGAAAGGAUAACUUAAUUCAAAGAAAGGAUAGCUUAAUUCAACAAAAGGAUGAUCUCAUUAAGAUGAAGGAUAAAGAAAUUCAGAAUAUGCAAGAAAAAUAUAACGAAAUCCAAGUAGUUGUUAAGAAACUUAAAGAGCAGAAUAAAGAAAUUCAGAUGAUUCAAAAAAAGGAUAGCACAAUUCAAGAAAAUGAUAGCGUAAUUCAAGUUGAGGACAGCAUAAUUCAAAGAAAAGAUAGCAUAAUUCAAGAAAAGGAUAGAAUGAUUCAACAAAAGGAUAACAAAAUUCAAGGACUUAUUAAGAAGAUUCAAGAAAAGGAUAAAACAAUUGAGGAGAAAGAUAAAACAAUUCAAGAAAAAGAUAAAGAGAU